UAGUUGUACCCUCCGUCCCCCGGGCCGACAUCAGGCAUCACCCCCACAGCCGUGACGACUGCUUCCGAGUGGGUGGUGUGGCAACCAACAGAUGGAAGUCUGAGAUCUGAACGUUGCGACAGUUGGAAUUAACGCGAUGCGACAAUUCGUUUGUUUGUUUGUUUUAAGUAAUUGGGUCAUCCUAGUGUUGGAUAUGGAAUUAACGUCAAUUUCCCCCAGUACUGAAGGCUCCAGCAUCUGGUAACCGUAACAGCAUAAGUUUACGGGAUGAAGUUCCUUUAGCGGCAAGCUAGAAGACACCUUCACCUACCGUGUGCAGUUCAAGUUGAUGUGUUCUUAAUGCGCUGUAACUGCAUUGGUUAAUCUAAAUGUAAAUAGGUGAACACAGCUGGAAACGUGUGUUAAAACGGUGACAAGGUUAAUGGAUACAAUCAUCAUAGUGUUUUGUUCCUGCACACAGAUCAAAAAGAACUUUUCACACUGUUCUCUGUGAUCAUUUCUAUGGGGAAAAUGAACAUGUGUACAAUUCUACAAGCAGUGACAAGUGACAGAAUUAUCUACGUAUUAGCAGAUAAUGGAUUAUAGACUCAUAAAUCAUUGCAGCCCAUUCUGCACACGUGUAGCACGUAUUGGGUGCCUCUUAACACUAACAGAUGACCGAACUCAGUAAUCAGUGGACGUGUUAUGGAAGUUAACUUAAAGUUAAGAGUUUCAUGACAGUAUUUAAGUUCUCCAGGUUAGUUUCAUCACGUUCAUACUUCCUUCGCUGGGAUUUUAUGUUGUGAUUUUCCAAGAAAUGGCUUAGACAAAAUACAGUUACCAUGGUGAUGACGUGGGUUAGACGUAACCAAAGUUGAUUGUUAACAAGCGUGAACUGAUCAUCGUAGGAGAGGACAAGAACGAAGCUGCUGACAAAAUUCGGUUACGUCACUUCCAGAAGGUGGAGAAAGGCGACCAUGGAGCAGCAGUUGAGGAGCCUGUCAGUUAUGUUGAUGGCAGCGCUGCUGAUGCCAAUAGCGGUGCCAGCGUGCCGUAUAUCAGAGUUCCCUUGCCGUAAUGGCCGCUGCAUCAGGCUGGACCGAUACUGUGAUGGAGUCGACGACUGUGGAGAUAAAUCGGACGAACCGCGCUACUGUACCGUGUGUAACAGGACGUACUAUGGGGAUGUGGGGAAGACGUAUGAACUGGAGCUCCACAAGCCACGAGAAGACCGUUUGCCCUUCCUCUGCCAGCUCACCUUCAUGGCCAACGGGCACAACCACGGAGAACUCGUCCAGUUAAUAUUCGACGCGUUCAACGUGGGUCGGUAUGAGGCUUCCGCUCUGGACGGCUGCCCUGACGGCUACAUGCAACUGUCAGAGAUGGGUCGUCCGUACACGGGAGGUUCCUGGUGCGGCUCCUCCACCGGCUACGCCGUCUAUUACAGCGAGACUAGCACAGUUACCGUCUCCGUGAAACUCUUCCACUCCCCUCUGCACGCAUCCAGCCCUUUCGAAUUCCAACUCCGCUACAAGUUCGUUAGUCACGACGAGGCUGUAGUACGCUUCGGCAGUGUUGGCGCUCCUCUGGAGAGAGGUGAAGUCGUACCCGGGACCUACUGUUCUCGUAAUUACUAUGAAUGUUACCGGAAACGCUGUAGAAUACAAUCACCGAAUUAUCCCGGGAUGUACCCCAGGAAUGUUACAUGCUAUUUGACCUUGCGUCAGAAGAUAAUACCCAACUGCAAGCACGCAAUGAUUGCGGUGGGACAGGAGAAUAAACAUAAAAUGCAGAUCAAGAGGGCGGUGACCAUGGCGAGCCUAAACAAGACUGGCAGAACUUUACAUGCGUGGCAGGACUGCACGGGGGAAAGAGAUCAUCUCAUAUUCUACGACGGUUCCAGCACGGAUGACCCGGUUCUUGUCAAGUUCUGUGGUGGUGACUGGUUGCCAAGAGUGGUCUCAAGAGGUCCAGAGAUGUUGGUUGCUUUCCAUUCUUCUCCGUUCAGCAUUCCACUUCACUCCUCGACUGCUCCGUCUCCUCUCAGAGGAUUUGAGCUCGAUGUGGAUGUGAUCUUCGCAGACUCGGAUUCCCUUGAUUACUCGAGGGAGCCGCGCAGAUGCGAAUUCUGGGUAAAUGCCAGCAAUCCUGACAGCGAGGACUGGAUGACGCGUCCGAGAGGCAGAUCGGGUAAUGUGCUGAGUCCACGGCACACCCUGCCUCCUAACACCACCUGCACCUACCGUUUCCGGGGUAAACCUGGUGACCUAGUGUGGCUGUACUUUGUCUCCUACUCACACCAACUGCUGACGGACAAUAACGAGCCCGCAGCCACUUCCAUUCCUCUCGGACACAACUCUCCGAUGUCCACAAGCAACCAGAGUCCCAACCUCACCAACAGCUGUUCCACACGGCUUCGGAUAUGGGAUGGUGGCGGGACAGACUCCGAUGUCCUGCUGGCGGACCACUGCGACAUGGAUACCCCGCGACUGUGCGACCACACCUCGCUGAGCAACUUGACGCGGGUGACGCGUCCUUGCAGCCCACUCGAGAGCUACGUCUCAACGGGUCCUGAUCUCACGAUGCGACACUUCUCGGAGGACGGGACGGCGCUGCACCCCACCACGUUUCGCCUCAAAUACGAGUUUGUAGACACGCGUAUGGGAGGCGAACCGUGGGCAGGGCGGCGGGGAGAGGAGCCACCACCCCAGCCGUGUAGCCGAGUGUUCCGACGGACACGUAGUGGCGAGUUUGCCUCUCCGAGAAAUGUGUUUCUAUUCGGGCGAGGUGGUGCCAGGAACCUGUCGUGCGUGUAUCGCUUAGAGGCCGGGGCUGGUGAGAAGAUCCGUCUCACACUCCACAACGCCUCGUUCGGUGAGUCCCCGUCGUGUGUGACCGAGGCCGACCCACACACAGGACGACCCAAGUGCGCUUCGGUUUCACCACCUCCAGGGGAAGAGAAGCGGGUCUCGCAACUCAGGAUCCUCGAGGUCCCCUGGCGCGAUGUCAAGAUCUCCCGCGCAUGUCUGUGUGACAACUCCACACUGUCCGCCUCCGGGUCGCGUCAUAUCGUCUUCAUCUCCUCCACCCGGAUCAUCGAGUUACACUUCACAGUGACGCGACUAAAUAUCAGUGAAGACUUUGUUGAUCUCUACUUCCACGGUUCUUUCGAAAUAGUCCGGGCCCCAGAGUGUCAGAGGAGACAAAGAGUACGAGGAUCUGGAGGGGAGAUCGAGUUUGUUAGUCCACCGCGUUCCAGGUUGGACGCCCACUGCGAGGGACUGCCAUGGUUAGUGGAGGCACAUGAAAACCGAAGUCUCUUCCUUCUGACUUGGGGUACCUUCCUGCCACUGGAACCAUCGCCAGAGGAUCCUGCCAGGUGCCACACCACCAACAGGGUGCUGCUGUACUCGGGCAGACCCGCCAAGUUACUCCGAGUGGUCUGUCCGGCCUCUCCUAACGCCAGACAGUUCGCCGUACACGUCUUCUCUGAAGAAUGGUUCAGUGUAGGGACCGUGGGAGAAGACACGCCAGCAAUAAGCAACAGUGGGACCUCUGUAGAAGGGAGUAGAUCUUUCUACCUGAGGUCUCCUCGACCACCUAGUUUCCUGGUGGAAUUCAUCGGCCGUGAACCAGGAGUGGCCGCCCUCAACUGGUUAGAGAUAUCGCGUUCAAGGUCUUCUCUACUUCAGCAGCUUCAGAUAGAUUAUGUUGGAAGUGAUAAUGAUUCAAUUACGGCGUCACUCCCGGCAGACUGGGAGUGUCCUCAUCGGUGUCCUGAACUAAACGCCUGCAUCAGUGCUAGUCUGUGGUGUGACGGUCGUUCAAACUGUCCCUCAGGUUUCGAUGAGGAUGAGUCGCACUGCGGUGCUGGUAUGAGUCUGUUCUCAUAUUUGCCUGGCGGGAUAUAUACCGCGUUAGGUGCAGGGGCAGCCACUGCUGCGGCAUUGACUAUAUUCCUGUGUGUAGCAGCAGUUCAUCGGAUAAGAACUCAGAAACGAAGGAGGAGACUGGGUAAAAAGAAACGCAGUGGUGGAGGUGGGGACGUCGGCCCUCGCCGUGUUCCCACAGAGGAGAUGCUUCUUGAUCCGUCUGGUUCUACGACAUCUUCCUGACAACCGGCUCAGUCUGUGGAGUUUAUACAUGUGGACAGGGAAACUACAGUGUGACACUGCCAAAAGUUGUGGGUUGGGGACAUAGUACAGGUAUUGUCGGCCGGUAACACCGAAACUCCGAGGUGGUAGGACGCUGACCAUCUCAAGUCAUAU